CGGAAAGCUGACCUUCCCUUCAAAUCGGACGGCCCCGCCCCUUUUCGGCAAGUCUGCCGACCCGCGAUGCGUGCUACGCAAUGCUCUGGGUUUAGGGCCACUGCUUAUUUCUACCUCAUCAUUUCUGUACAUCUAACCUUGCUACAGUCAAUGCGUCUACAUGCGGUGCAGUUUACUUCGAUCAUCAGAUUCAAAUUUGGUCAAGAUAAACCUCAAGGCCGAACGCACGGGUGGCACCACACCACCGCACUCAACAAAAUAUAACAGGACUCGACGAACGGAUGCUGGAACACAGGGAAAUUCAAAUCGCUAGAAGCACAAGCAAUCACAAAUUACCGAGGUGAGAUAACCUUGGA